CAAUUCCAUUAACCUUCACAAAACAACCCAGCUUCUCACUCUUCACCUUGAAAAAGUUAAUUUUCCCAGAACAUAAAAAACUUUCCAGCAAAAUGUCAGGAAGAGGAAAAGGAGGUAAAGGACUCGGAAAAGGAGGAGCCAAGAGGCAUCGUAAGGUCUUAAGGGAUAACAUCCAAGGUAUUACUAAGCCGGCCAUCCGUCGUUUGGCUCGUCGUGGAGGAGUUAAGAGAAUCAGUGGCUUGAUCUAUGAAGAAACCAGAGGAGUAUUGAAGAUUUUCUUGGAGAACGUCAUUCGCGAUGCAGUGACUUACACUGAGCACGCCAGAAGGAAGACCGUGACGGCCAUGGAUGUUGUUUAUGCUUUGAAACGGCAAGGCCGUACUCUCUAUGGAUUUGGAGGUUAAGUUUUCGGUUUCUUGUUCGUGUUAUAUUGUACUAUGUAAUCUUUGAUUAUCAUCAAUGGAUUCCGUUCAGAAAAA